GAUUAAAAAUAAAUCAAGAAGCAACUUAAUUGAUCAUUGUGAAACUGAUCAAGAUGAGAUGAAAAAACAACUUACUGAAUUGGGCAUGUACGAAGAAGGAAUGUCUUUUACAGAAAUGAAAGACACUUUAACAGUUGUUGAUAAUUCCAAACUAUCAGUUGAGCAGGACUCUAUGGAAUUUUCACCACAACCGAAUUUAGAUAAAGUUGUUACAUCACUUCAGACACCACCAUCACCAAUUGACAAUUAUGUAAAUAAACAAAUAAAAGAUGAAGAUCUGAAUUCGGAAUCACCAAUUAGUGGUCAACUAAAAAACUUACAUCAGUUAUCACCAAAAACAGAAAGUAAUUUAGAUUUACAUCAAUCUAAAAUAGAUGAGAAAAUGUCAUCGUCUCAUUGCGCUGCUGAUUCUUUUAUUAACAGUGAGUUGAAGUCUUGUGAUUCAACAGAUUCUCAGAAAUCAAAAUCUUUUGAAAAUGUUUGUAGCAUAGAAGAUAAUCAUCGUUUAAAUUUAUUAAACAGUAAAAAACUGGACAAUGAUAAACUUUUGAAACUCAAGUGUUUACCUUCAACUCGACAAAAAUUUUCUAUGGUUGGUGAUCUCUCUCAUAAUUUCAAUGCAAUUUUCGAUCAGCAAUGUAAAACUCUAAAUGAAAUGGCAAUAAUGUGGCAUAAUCAUAACACAAAAUCGGAAAGUUGUGAAAUUCAAUGGGGGUCACCUAUUAAGGUUGAAAUAGCUAAUGGAAGUUUGGAUAAAAAACCAUAUUUACCUCCAGAUGAAGAUCAAGACAUUUUAGAAGUAGAUAGUGUGGAAAAAACACCUAUACUAACUGGUCUUCGACCAAGAUUAGCACCGAAAAAUUAUAAUGAUUUCAUUCUUGAUGACGACGAUGAUGGUAAAAACAACAAUAAUAAUGAUGAUGAUGGUGGUGGUGGUGAUGACGUUGAACCGAUAUUUCAAAAACGUAAAAAAAUAUCUACUUCUAUCCAAAAACCACCUGUCCAGCCACCGGUUAGAAAACGAAGUGCUGUUAAAACAAAAAAAAAGCAAUUUCAAGAAGCCGGUACAGAAGAAGAAAGUCAUUCAGUUGCAAAAAAUUCAAUCAACUCCAAAAAUCAGUCGACAAACCCACGUAAACGAGCAGCUAAAUCCCCAACCCCUGAAUAUCCUGAGCUUAAUAUCUCAAAAAGAAUCAUUGUACCAAGUCAAACAUCGAACUCACUAAACUCUACGGAAACUAAAUUGAAUAAUAGUCAAUCGAGUAAACCAAACACGUUUUCAAUGGAUGAACAAAAAGAAAAAAUAUCUAAAAAUUUAAACGCCGAUGAAAUCGAAUCGAUGAUUACAGAUGAUGAAGAUGAUGUUGUACCAAAUUCUCAAAAACCCGAAAAAUGUACGGAUCGAUUAAACAGAUCAAGUAAAUUGUUACAGCAAUCUAAAUUUAUUGAAAAUAAAGAACGAGAAGAGGCUGAAAAGUGGAAAAAAUUAUUUGUUGAAGGUAAAGAACUUGAAAAAGAAAAUCGACUCCGUAGUAGAAUUAAAGAGCAUGCAGUAAAGGCUUUGAAACGGGAAGAAGAAGAAAAAAAAGAACAAGAACAACAAAAUAAAUAUCGUAAUGUAACAACACGACGAUCAAACAAGUGGUUAACUACAAGAAAUGAAUUAGACGCUGAACAAUCUCAGAGUAUACAGCCAAUAGUUGUCAACUCAGAUGAUGAGUCGUCUAUGAUGGGAAAAGAAGAGAUAAGUUCAGAUGAAGAUACUUCUACUGGAUACAAAAAUGUUCAAUGCCCACUUUGUAAUAAAUAUUUUACUCCCAAUAAAAUAGAGUCUCAUGCUGAUCAAUGUGCUUCAAUUUCUGAUAAUGUACAAAAGCAUGGUAGUCAAAGCGAAGAAAAUUCUGAAGUGAGUAAAACUUCGCCACCAUUACUAAUCUGUCAAAACUGUAACAACUUUAGAACAAGAGACAUUAAAAUUUUUGAAACGCAUUGCUCAUAUGAAUGUGAUCAGAAUUUUAAUGACCAAGAUACUGUGAGUAAUAAAAAACCAACGACGUCUAUGACUGUCCAGCCCACAUCAUCAAUGUCUGAUCAAUCAAGUAGAAAAAGAAAACGCUAA